AUGGCCUCACUCCUAAGUGGGGGAAACCUCGGUUCGGUGGUGAUGUUGCCUUCGGGUUUCGCGAUCCUACCUGAGAAGCCAACCGUGCCUGGAGGAGAUAGCCGUAGGAGUCUCUUGACUGUUGCAUUUCAAAUUAUGGAAGUGUCUGCAAGAGUGCAAAGUAAUAUCCUCCCUCGUCAUGUAGCUGAUGGGGUCCAGAAGAUCAUCUUAGGAACCGUCGAUUCGAUCCGUGCUACUUUGCGGGCUUCCAUUGAAGCAGAAAUCCUUCGCGCAAGAAGGGGUCACGAAGGGAGGUUCACAGUUUAUGUUCAUGCAUCGGCAGAAAAACCAAUACAUGUGAGGCAUUACUUCAUUGACCGAGACAUAUGGAGUGACCAGGUGGUGUGGGGUAAAAUUUCCAUGGUUGAUGCUGACAGACGGUUAUUGGCAAACGCUCUUGAAGAUCCUGAUAACCAACAUUUUGUGUUACUCUCUGAUAGCUGUGUGCCUUUGCAUACUUUUAACUAUGUGUACGAUUAUCUCAUGCACACAAUUAUCAACUAUGUUGAUUGCUUCUUGGAUCCAGGUCGAUAUGGGAAUGGCAGAUACGCAGAACAGAUGUUACCUAAAGUCAAGAGGAUAAAUUUCUGGAAAGGUGCUCAGUGGUUCACAAUGAAGCGGCAGCAUGGUUUGAUUCUUGUGGCAGACAGUCUAUAUUACUCGAAAUUCAGGGACCAUUGUCAGCCAGGUUUGGAUGGUAAAGACUGCAUUGCUGAUGAACACUACAUUCCAACCUUUCUCAAUAUGGUGGAUCCUGGCGGAAUCUCAACAUGGUCGAUGACACAUGUUGAUUGGUAUGAGAGAAGAGCGCACCCCAACUCCUACAAUGCUCGGUAUUUGCAUCCUUACUUACUUCAACAACUCUGUCCGUUCAAGUUGGGAAGCUCGCUGUUUCCACACAAACUAACACUUGAAGAUAAAAUUGGUAGCAUAACAGUCAACGGCACACCUCUGCUGCAAUGGUGA